CAGAGCUUGACGUUCACGUGGGCUUACGUACAGCAAAACAGUUCAGAAGAGAUGUAGCAACUGCAUAGAGUACUUGUUAGUCAUCCUGUUAGUUAUUUCUGGAAACAACAAGGGAAGUUGGCUAUAAAGUGUAUCUAUGGCGUUGAUUCAUACAUGUCACACAGGUCCUAUGGAAAACAGCAGUGUUUAUGUUAAGUUUUCUCGAGAGACAUGCCUGCUGAGUUCCCCAUCGGAAAAGCUGAAGGAGGAGUUGGAGAAAGAGUUGAAACUGAGCAGCGAUAACUUAUCAAGUCAUGGCUGGUAUCAUGGUCGCAUACCUUGGGAGGUGUCCGAGUCUCUAGCGCAACAGAAUGGGAAUUUUCUUGUCCGUGACUCCCUCACUAGCAUCGGUGACUAUGUCUUAACCUGCUGCUGGAACCAAAAAGCUUUGCAUUUCCUAAUCAGCAAAGUUCUGCUCCGAUCUCACGACGGAUACAGUCGAGUGCAGUAUGUUCUGGAGGGGGAAACUUUUGAUUCGGUGCCGGCGUUGGUUCAUUCCUAUGUUGUAAAUCCAAGGCCUCUGACGAAGCAGAGUGGCGCCUGUGUUUACACACCAGUUAACAGGACACUUCCACUAAGAUAUCUAGAGACCAUGUUUGGGUUGCCAAGUGUGGAGAACAGUCCAGUAAACUCACCCACCAGGAGGAGGGGAAGCCAAAAGAUGAGAGACAGCGUAACUGUGACAGAAGCUUUGGAAAUUGACUUGAUAAGUCCACAGAGUGAAGUGGCGAGGAGUUUUGAUGCCACCUUAGAGCAACACGUCGUGGUGACUUCAUCCCCAACUUUAAUGAACACACUGACCAGGCGGAGACGUAGCCCUUCAGAAAACAGAAAGUUUGUUAUAGUCCCUUCAUCACCUGUUCUCCAACAUUCCAGUGAAAUCCGGCUCUGUUCUUCGCCUCCCGAGAACACUCUUAUCUGUUUGGAACCGACACUAAAUCUUCUCUCCGCUAUGACACAUUCCCGUCAAAAUAUUAACAGAGAGUCUAUUGAUCCACAAAUUGACCGAACAAAAGGACCCGUGGUUGGAGAUCUUCCUUCUGUAAGACAAGACAUACAGGCUUUGGAUUGCAUAGAGGAGUAUGAGGAUGAUUAUCUUGUGCCUUUCACCAUGGAAACAGCUUCCUGUUUCAGAGCCAGUUCAUACCAGUCACCACUGCUGCCCGCGGAAAAUAAACCUUUGGAGACUCGAUUACUGAAAAGAGUGAAGGACAUCCUGUUUAAAGUUGAUGUUAGGACAAUGGCUAUGCAUAUCACUAAAGCCGACUGCAUGGUUGCUCGAAUCCUGGAUGUACCUGAUGAUAUUAUGAAAAAUAUGGGGGUGAGUUCUGGUAUGGAAUUACUUACCCUUCCACAUGGACAUCGGCUCCGUCAAGACCUCCUGGAAAGGUUCCACACCAUGUCCAUCAUGUUGGCUGUUCAGGUGCUUGGCUGCACAGGAAGUGCGGAUGAGAGAGCUGCGUUACUCCAUAAAAUCAUCUCCCUCGCUUAUGAACUCCAGAGCAACAUGAGGAACAUGUUUGGCUUUGCUGUAGCAAUGAAAUGUCUGGAAUUCCCACAGAUCACACGCUUGGGAAAGACAUGGGCGGUUUUGCGACAGAAAUACACCGAAAGUGCUGUUCUUUAUGAGAAAACCCUUAGACCCUCUUUGACGUCUAUGAAUGAUGGAGAAGAUAUAAAUGGACCUGCGGAGACAACACUGUUUCCUCACGUGCUCCCCCUGCUGUUCCUUCUUGAGAAGACUGCUGUGACUCUUGAGGAGUCAGAGUCAUGGGAAAGUGUCGACACCGGAGUGGCCAUGAUCUUGAGCCAUCUGGAUACCGCACGUACGAUUGCAUGCAAUGGGAGGAUUUACAGUGCUAACGCUGAGGCCAAACUGCAGGGAUUUCAGGAGGAAGCAGAUGUUUGGGAGGUGUUCCUCACAGAGUUUCAGAUGCGUCUGCUGUGGGGGAGCCAUGGCGUGGAAAGAAAUCAAGAUGACCGUUUUGCAAAGUUUGAUGAAGUGCUGUCAGCUCUGUCAAACAGGCUGGAGCUUUCAGCAACAUGACAAAUUUAUAGAUAGAGAAGAAUUUAUGUCUGCAGGGGAUGUGUGUUUGCCACUUAACUUAUUUGAUUUUCAGUGUUUUAUAUGUUUACAUAUAUUUUAAAGAGAACGUAACUGGCAUAUCUAUCUUUGUAAUGUUUUAGCUAUUAACUCAGAUGUACGUGUUUAAUUGCACUGUUAUUGGUUUAUAAUAAAUGAAAACAAAUAGUGGGUAAUAUUUACUCAUUGGUACACUUUCUUAGAUUUAACUUUUGUAGAUUUUAUCCCUACUAUUUUAUACACAUACUUACACAGGUGUUUUAUUAAUAAAUCCAGACUGAUGGUUUGUACUUAUUUGAUUUUUUUAAGUCAUGUUACGUUAAGCUACUUUUCCAGAAUAAAAAAAGUUUAUUUAUCUGUGUAUCA